UACAUUCAGUUAUGUAUAUAAAAGUAUAAAUGGCUAAUGAAAGCGACUUUUGAUUUAGUCAAGGUUAGCAGUGCUUUGCGUCAAUACCUCUAAAUUUAUCAUAUAAAAAUGGAAAAACAUAGAGUUGUUCCUGAUGUAGUGACCUCUCUUCCAAAGCAAAUUCUCAAGAUUGUUUACCCAAGUGGAGUAAGUGUUAAUUUGGGAAACGAAUUAACCCCUACACAAGUGAAAGAAAUCCCAAAAGUACAAUGGGAUGCUGAACCAGGUGCAUAUUAUACCCUCUGUAUGACAGACCCAGAUAAUCAUCACCGAGAUGUGCCUUAUAACGAAUGGCAUCACUGGUUAGUAGGCAAUAUUCCUGGCAACGACGUAUCAAAAGGAGAAACUCUUUCUGAAUACAUUGGAUCUGGUCCACCAAAGGGAACAGGAAUUCACAGAUAUAUAUUUAUGGUAUAUAAACAACCUGGAAAGUUAACAUUUGACGAACCUAGGCUAAAAAGAUCUGUAGAGGGACGUGGAAAUUUUUUCCUGACAAAAUUUGCUGAAAAAUACAAUCUAGGACAACCGGUUGCUGGAAACUUCUAUUUAGCACAGUUCGACGACUAUGUUCCCUCUCUGUAUAAGGAACUUGGAGCAUAAGUAGCGUAAUGUUUUGAUUAUUGUUUUGUUACAUUAUAAUAUAUAAAAAUAUAUUAAAUAUAAAAAGGAAAUUUAAAUGAAUAAAAAAAAUUCUUUAACACAAAA